UACAAAUUGGAAUACAAGGAUAAAUACUCAUAGGGUGUUGAUCCCCAUGGUGCAGUAUGGCAACCCAGGAAGAGAACUAUAUAUAGGCGAGAGUGUGUGAGAAGUUCAGUGUACCGGAGAAGCUGUAGUGUGCAGGUGUAAUGAAGAUCUCUCUAGUGGUUUGUGUGGUGGCGUGCGUGGUGGCGGGCGGGCAGGGGCGGCCCCAGGCAGGAGGCUACAAGCAGCCUGAGGGAUACUUCCAGUACGUCAACGUUCCCGGUCACAAAGAAUACGAGUUUGGUUGGAAUAGAGGCAACCCUCACCAUUAUAUAUCCCGCUUCGAGCAGGCCAAGGACCACCGCUUCCGCACUAGGGUGAAGUGGUCUGACACAUACGACGGGUACGGCGAGCACUACUGGGAGUAUAACCAUGGCCCAAAAUACCCCGAACACGACGUUUACAAAGGUCCGGAACCCGCCUAUGGGCCCCCAGAACCCGUCUACGGACCUGUGGAGCCUGCCUACGGACCUCCGAAGGGAUACCCAUCCGAGAACAUACCAGUAAUUAUUUCCUCACCGCGUGAAAUCCAGGAAGGAUCUUACUCCUCUCCGCGGGAGUAAGAACAGGAUAUUAUAAACACCUUACCAAACUUUCCUUACCUCCCAUUCUCCCUCGGCCAUCCACCGCACGAGUUGCAUCCAUUGACGACACUGCGGCGACACUUUGGAGUUUUACAGACGACAGGUCUCCAAUUAUUAUUCCUAAAUGCCAAAUGUUUGUAAAAAUAAAUAAUUCCACGUUUGCCCAUCCCACCCUCUUAUGUAUGGUAUGAUUUACUAGUCGAGGAGGCCUGUAAGAGGGCAGGGCUCGCUGUCGUCUGGCUAGAGGCUACUGGACUUCGAUUCAUGGUGGAGCUUCGCUUCGCUCAAGGAAUGGAUGCCCUGACACGACCGCCCACUUAAGCCCUCGAUUUACUCUCAUAGUCACAAUAUACUAUCAUAGACACGUCACAGCCACGACAUACCCUUACAACAUACCCGCUACGACUCGUGUAACAGAUGAUUGAUAAAGAUUAAGCCACCCAAAAGGUGGCACGGGCAUGAAUUGGACACAGUAAGUGGAGGCUGUUUAAAGCCAUUACCAGUAGCUGAUACUGUAAAUCUGUGGAUGAAUGGGGUCAUCAUGGUCGCUCAUCCAACAAACCCACCUUCAUACCUGUGGUUGACGCACAAGCCUCUGCAGUGCACCACUCAAAAAUUAUCUUUUCCUCCCCCUGAACACUCACGCCCACGCCCAAAAUCCACCCUUAAACACCCUACAUUAUAGUCUAAGACUGAUAACACGCAAAUAUGCUUUUGAGAAGACACCACAGUUAGCUAGAAGUAUUUAUAUUUAUAACUCCUUGAAUUAUUUUGGGGAGUUAACUUGUAUCUCAUUCACAUGAUUUACCUUAAGUAUAUAUUACUGUAAGUAUGUCUUGUGUUUGUUAGUUUAUACGUAUUGAAAGUGUUAUUGUUGAAUAUUGUUAAACUAUUAUUUCGUAGUACUUAAUUUUUAUAUUAAAA